AUGGUGCCAGUCGACGUCAGCUUUGUUAACGAUACCAAGACACUAUUGGCCCAGAGCCCGCAAAUCCUACAACGUCUGAAGGCGUCUGCUCGGCGUGUAGUGAAGAUGAAGCUGAAGAUGGGGUUGUAUGACACACCCAUGCCAGGCGAGCAGAAUGUGGCAUUGCUUGGCAAUAACGAGGACGUAGCGGCUGCACUUGAGCUCGCCCGUGAGUCGAUCGUGCUGCUACAGAACAACGACAGCACCCUUCCACUUCCUGAGGGCACACCGAUUUUCCUCACGGGGUUUAGCGCCGACAAUAUCGGCCGCCAGUGUGGCGGGUGGACCACCUCCUGGCAGGGCUAUACUGACCAAGACGAAUAUCUGACGCACGUCAAAUUCUUCAACGGUUUGAACCAGAACGGCUCGUACUCGGAGUCCGAUCUGUCAACGGCUAAGGAAAUGGCAAGCAAGGCAGAGUACACGAUCGCCGUCAUCGGUGAAGAUCCGUACGCGGAGAAGCCUGGAGACAUCGAAGAUCUGGCCCUCCCGGCCGGCCAGGUCGAGUACAUUAAGGAGUUAGCCGCGACCGGCACGAAAGUGGUUGUUGUGCUGUUCGAAGGGCGUCCACGUCUGUUAGGCGAAAUUCCGCAAGCCGUGCACGCAGUGGUGAAUGGUCUGCUUCCUUGUGAGCUUGGAGGCCAGGCAAUGGCAGAAAUUCUGUACGGCAAGGUGAACCCAAGUGGACGCAUGCCGAUCACCUACCCAAAGCGACCGGCGAAUGUCGAGAUGACGUACAAUCCCCCGGUGACGUCAAUGUGCCAGGACAGUUUGGAGGGCGGUGCAUUCUACUGUGAAAACCAGUGGGACUUUGGCACGGGUCUAAGCUACACGACCUUCACGUACUCGGAGGUUCGAUUGAGUCGCAAUAGUGUCCAGUCUUCACGCGAAGAGGUGAAAGUGUCGGUGGAUGUGACUAACUCUGGUAGAAUGGCGGGCAAGGAAACUGUCAUGUUGUUCCUGAUUCAACCACAUCGCUCACUGAAUGUGCCGGAGAUGAAGCAGCUUAAGAAGUUCUCAAAGAUCAAGUUGGACCCUGGACAGACUCAGACUGUGCACUUCACGCUGACGGCGGACGACUCGAGCGUGUACUACCCCCAGAUCGGUCACGGACUCAAGAAGGUAGCGGAGGACUGUGAGUACGUGGUGGCAAUUGAACCGGAGACCGACUGUGACGUAUACAACGAGACGGCGACGGCCAACCCUCUAUGCGCUACGCUCACAUUGAGCACCGGCGACUACCCGUUCGGAUCUUUGAAGGAACCGUGGUAA